ACGUCGACGUUCAACAUCUCCCACCACAAUAUUCACCAUACAUUAUCAUAAAUACAUUUUUUUCCGGCCAAACAGGGUCUUAGAUGGAGGACGGCAAGAUCACUCCGGCGAGAUUCACCAGGCCGCUGGCGGCGAAGCCGGAGAUGGGCAGCAUUUUCAUGAUGUCCGACGACAAUGUGAUGAUGAAGCAGAUUGAGGCCACCCACCAGCCCGACGGCCGGGAACUCUUCGUCCGCCCUCUCCUCCAGCUCGUGGAGGACAUCUUCGUCCUCGCCACCCGCACGAUCGACCCCCUUUCACCCAUACAAAAUGAGGUCGCCGCAGAGAAAACCUAUCAAUCUGGACUUGGCACCACGCUCGAAGCAGUCUCAUAUCCCAUUGAAAGAAUUGCUUGUGAGAUAGCGUGCAAAAGUGUCGCUGGUGGAUUUGACGUGCAUGGAACGGCGGUCUCCCUUCUCCAACUUCUAGCCAAUUACUCAUGGGACGCAAAGCUAGUGCUAACCAUGGCCGCAUUUGCAUUGAACUAUGGAGAGUUCUGGCUAUUGGCCCAAAUCUACACAUCCAAUUCACUUGCAAAAUCCAUGGCAAUCCUAAAGAAACUACCGGCAAUCAUGGAACACUCUGGCACGUUAAAGCCCCGCUUUGAUGCACUCAAGAACCUUAUCGAGGCUACGCUGCUGAUUGCCAAGUGCAUUGUGGAGUUCAAGGAGCUUCCGUCUCUAUACAUAUCUCAAGAAGUCCCAGCGCUACAUGCUUUUAGGAGUAGUUUGCCUACUGCUGUGUAUUGGUCCAUUAGGGCUAUCUUGGUUUCUGCUUCUCAAAUUAGCAGCAUUACCAGCUUGGGACACGAGUAUAUGACAGCUGAGACAUGGGACAUAUCGACCUUGACUCACAAGAUCAACAACCUACACAAACAUCUGAGGGAGCAACUAGCUAUAUGCUACCAAUAUAUAGAUGAGAAGAAAGAUAUAGAAGCUUAUGAACUACUUGUGAAUCUCUUUGAAAUGGUCCACAUUGACAACAUCAAGGUUCUGAAGGCCCUGAUUUAUGCGAAGGAUGAUUUGCUCCCACUCAUGGAUGGCUCAACCAAGAAAAGGGUUAACAUUGAAGUCUUGAGGAGGAAAAACGUGUUGUUGCUCAUAUCAGGACUCGAUAUCUCGCGAGACGAGCUCUCAAUUCUAGAACAGAUAUAUAGUGAAUCGCGACACCACACGAUGAGGCUGGAGAGUCAAUAUGAGAUCGUAUGGAUCCCAAUCGUGGACCGUUCAAUUCAAUGGACUGACCCAAUGCAACAACAAUUCGAGAGCUUGCAAUUGGAUAUGCCAUGGUACACGGUCCACCACCCCUCGUUGAUCGAUAAGGCGGUGAUCAGGUUCAUCAAGGAGAUGUGGCACUUUCGGAACCGUGCGAUCUUGGUGGUGCUGGACCCACAGGGCAGGGUGGUGUCCCCAAACGCCAUCCACAUGAUGUGGAUUUGGGGCAGCGCUGCUUUUCCCUUCACCACCAUGAAAGAAGAGGCUCUUUGGAGGCAAGAGGCUUGGAGGCUUGAGCUCCUAGUGGAUGGCAUCGACCCCACGAUUAUUAAUUGGAUUACCGAAGGGAAUUACAUAUUUUUGUACGGAGGGGACGACAUGGAGUGGAUCAGGAAAUUCACGACUGCCGCGAGCGCCGUGGCGAGGGCGGCGCGCAUCCCUCUGGAGAUGGUCUACGUGGGGAGGAGCGGGAAGCGUGAACAAGCCCGGAAGGCGGCGGAGGCCAUCGCGGACGAGAAGCUGAGCCACUGCUGGCAGGACCCGGCGAUGAUGUGGUUCUUCUGGACGAGGCUGGAGAGCAUGCUGUUCUCCAAGAUCCAGCAGGGGAAGGCCGACGAGCACGACACCAUGACGCAAGAAAUCAAGAAGCUCCUCAGCUUCGACAAGGCUGGCGGGUGGGCGGUGCUUGCGAAAGGGUCGCCGCUGCUGAUCAACGGCCACUACAGCACCGUGCUGGCUACUCUGUUGGAGUACGAUGAGCUGUGGAAGAAGCAGGCAGAGGAGGAGGGGUUCGACGAAGCGAUUAAGAAGCACCACGAGAAGCUGCACAAGGCGACAAUGCCGUGCAGUCGGUUCGAGUUCCCGAGCACCUCCGGGAGGAUCCCGGAGAUGAUGAAGUGCCCGGAGUGUCCGCGCCGGAUGGAGAAGUACAUCAGCUUCCUCUGCUGCCACGAUGAGUCGGCUCUGGCCGCCCUAUAUGGAAGCUAGAGGCCUACAGCAAUAUAUAUAUAUAUAUAUAUGCAAACUUGCUUGAUGAAUUUGUAUUAUUAAAUUACAUAUAUGUUGAUGUGUGAUUGGAUUUCAGUUUUGAUUUGAGUGUGUGAGUGUGAGAGGUGUGUGUGUUUGGAAUGUGUGAAUGACCACAUUUGUGGGUUGAGAUUUGAAUAAGAGAAACUAUAUUAUGCAAUAUUUCAAUUGUU